GGAGGACGGGGGCCACCGACUUGACAGCCACUGCAUGCACACAGCGGCCGAUCCCAUGCAGACCGGCCCCACGCAAAACGACCUCGAGUCCACGUACAAUGCGGACAUCUCUUCCUCCGACCUCCUGCUGCGGCAGAAGCCGUACGGCCCGGUCUCAGUGCGGGUCGACCAGCGCUUCUUGGCACCGCGUGCCGUGUCGCUCUCCGUCUCGAUCCACUCGCUGUGCUACGGAGAUCGGAAGGUGCCACUGUGCGAAGUGGAGAGCUGCAACCACGUCGAAGGCGCUCGGCUGCGAGUCAACCUCGCAAACCGCGAGAGGCCAAAGUGGUUCACGUUCAGCUCCGCUGCGGAGGCCGCCGCCUUCUGCGCCGUGACACGUCGCUGCCUCGACCACGCCGCGCCGCCCCACGCCUCGCCGCGCUCCGACAAGAAGCGUGCCGGCCGCGGAGUGCUUGGCGGGCUGCGGGCUCUCCUGCGGGAGAAGACGACGCCGCAGGACGACAUGCUGCUGGCCCGCACGUUCGCCUUCAGCGACGAGUCGACGGGCGGCGGCGGCAGCGCGGCGGCGAGGUCCGCGGCCAGCGCACGGUCGAGGUCCGCAGCAGAGGCGGCGCAGGGGCCUGGCGGCUUUGAGGGGUGCGCCGAAAGGCACCCGCUCGAGCUCGCUCUCUUCGGCGUCCUCCUCCCUCUCCUCUUCGCAGGCUACUGGCUCUCGGACGCGGGGCGCGACUAUUUCGACCGCCGCGGCACUUGGCUGCGCGCCGCGUGCCGCGUCUGGGAGGUGGAGACGUUCGUCUCGCGGCGGUACCACCACGGGAAGUGGGCAGAGGCCCGCAACGCCGAGUACCGCAACGGCGCGAGCCCGAGCGAGAUCUUCAUCCUCGAGCGAGCGUGGAACGUGUCUGUGGUGGCGCCGACGGUCGCUCACGGCCGCGCGAACUCGCACUGGCACAAGAUCCAGCACACCCUCACCGGCGCCGCCCUAGAUCCGUCAGCUCGCUACACGCGCGCGUCCGGCAGGCCAUUCCGGAGCGGCGCGCACCCGCACGAGGAGUGGACGCUGGGCGCCUCCUCCAGCUUCGACACGCCUGCCGCCACGUCGGCGAACGCGACCGAGCCGUACACACCGAUCUGGGACGCGAUCGCCCGCGAGUCGCUCGGGGGCGGCACGGUGCACGACUGCCGCGGCGAGGUGGGCGAGGAGCUCGAGGAGGCGACCCGACGGUCUACUUCACCGUCGAGGAGCCGUGGAACUUUUACCUCGACUUGUUCAUCGCCGUGGGCUGCAUGUUCAUCGUCGCGCGCGCGCUGUACGCCUUGCUCCACCGUCGGAAGGGCGAGGAGGCUCCGCCCGAGGACUGGCUCGCCAGCAUGCGCAGCAUGUCCGCGGAGUUCCGGGAGACGAUGUAGCACGCUCUCUAUCUCCUAUCUCCUCGAGAUGCGGCGCCGCUCGCCGGGGCGCGUCCCCUCCCCUCUGGCGCCGAGGUCGCGAUCAAAGUCGUCGAUUGCUGCCGCGACGUCCUCAAGGCGCGUCGCACUCGCCUCCGCUAGCUGCGCCGCCAGGUCGGAGAGGCCGCCAUGGCCCUCGUCCUUGCCGCGGCGGAGGGCGAGCAAGCGCUCGGCCUGCGCCGACGCGAGCGAGCUGCCAAAGCGAACGCCUGUGCGCGCGAGCGCAGUGCGGCGUGCGGAGGCCUCAGUCGCGAGCCACCGCAGCUGCUCCACUCGCGACUGCAGCCCCGCGGCGCGCUCGCCAGGACUGGAGGGCACCAAGCCGCCGCCGCGAGCCAACGCCGUCGGCACGAUCACGCCGGUGCUCGCGGCAGGCUUGCUCCCCUCCGCAAGCUUGCUCCCCGCCGCCGUGCCGCCCCCUCCCGCGCCGGCCGCGCCGGCGAUGCGAGCGAGGACCCGCAGGUUCUCGAGCUUGCGCUCAUCUCGCUGGCUGACGGCCUGCAGCUCGAGGGCGGCACUCGCGAGCUCGAG